AUGUUGCGCGAGAUUGCAUAUGCCCUUCUGGGGCUGACUGCCCUAGCCUACACAGUUGAGUUUAUUUUCAGUUUGUUCGACGAUCCACGCGAACCUCCUCGUGUGAAAGCCGCCAUCUCGCUGAUUGGCCAUAUCAUCGGCAUGAUUCGCGAGGGAAAGCUGUACUACAAUUCGCUGGGCGCCAAAGUCGACUCCGAUAUGUAUAUGAUUUCCAUCUUGGGUUUCAAGAUCUACGUCUGCAACUCGUAUCGUCUCAUAGGUGCCAUCCACAAAAACGCCAAGACCCUCGCCUUCAAGCCUUUUGUCAAGCUGUCCAUGAAAAAAAACAGUGAUGUUUCUGAUCACGCCUACGAGAUUGGCAGCGGCAUCAUGACCGACAAGCUCGAAACCGCACAGCGGGCUGCCCUGGCCCCGGGCGCCCACCUAGAUGCCGUGACGCUGCGCACGGCCGAGGCGAUGUUGUCGGGGCUUUCUGCCCUUGAGGCAGCUGUCGCCAGCAAGGAGUCCGUUAUGCUCUUAGCCUUCCUGCGGCACAAUAUCGUGCAAGCGUUGGCGUACGGAAUCUACGGAUCAACUCACCCUUGGAAAGACCCGAAAGUCGAAACAGCAUUUUGGACUUGGCACGAGUAUCUGCCCAAGAUGUUCAUGGCGAGCCUCUUGGCUGGAAAGGGCUUCCAGAAUCGCCAGGUGGUGUUUGAUGCCUACCAUAAUUUUUUCCAGGAUCUGCCCGACGAUACUUCCGAGGUGUUCCGCGAACGCCAGCGCGUGUACAUCGAGGCUGGGAUCGAGGAAGCUGACCACAUCAAGCUCGAGGCUGCCUGGCCGUUAGCUAUCUUUUCCAACACGGUGCCGACGGCAUACUGGUUUAUGUGGGAGCUGUGCUCGCGGCCGGCUCUGCUCGCUGAGGUGCGCAGCGAAGUAGAGGAGGUGGUCAUCAAGACACAGAAGACAGCAGAUGGGCCGGAAUUCUGCCUCGACAUUGCGGCCCUGCGCACCCGCUGCCGCCUGCUUCUAUCUGUGCUAGAGGAAACCCAGCGAACGCGCCAUAUUCAUGCAUCUAUGUGUCGCGUGCUUGAGGACACAGUGCUGGACGAACGCUACCUGCUCAAGAAGGGGUACGUUGUCCAGCUGCCCGGUGGCCCGAUCCACCACGACCCUAAUGUCUACGGGAGCAACGCGGGCCAGUUCGAGCCCCACCGCUUUGCCCCGAGCGACACUCAUGGAAACGAGGGGAAAGUCCCGACACACGCUCCCACCAAUAGAGGCUUCCUGGCCUGGGGUGCACCUCCUCACCUUUGCCCCGCCCGCCAGUUUGCGGCCACUGAGCUGCUGCUGAUGGCAUCGUUGCUCAUCCUGCGCUUCGACAUCCAGUUACCCAGUGGCCGUGAUCGGGAUCCCUAUCCGGCCCUACGUGCAAGCGAGAUUGCUACCCUGCUCAGUCCUAAGAAAGACGUGGCCCUACAGAUGACGGUGCGGGAAGAAUGGCGCGGAAAGUGGAGUGUGGCGUUCGGCAAAGAGAAGAGCAGGGUAUUGCUUGCGUCUGGUUAA